AUGUUUUGGCAAUGUCAUAUAGUAACAUCAUCUAUUGACAAAUUAUUUGAUAAACCAGAAGAUGAAUUAAAAUUACAAGAUUUUCUUGAUGAAAGUGAUUUAAUUCAAGAAUGUCUAAAUCAAAAUAAACGUCUACUUGAUUAUCUUAUUCAAGAAAAUGUUAUGAAUGAACUUAUUUAUCAUGUAAUAACAUUACCACAAGAUAAUAAUUUUCGUAAUGCAAAUAUGGUGACAGAAUUAUUAUCAGGAGAUUUUCAAUGUAUACACGAAAAAUUAUUAGAAAAAAAUAAUCUUGAUUUAUUAUAUUCAUUUUUAUUAAUAAAUAAUGAUACACUUAAUCCAAUACUUGCUUCAUUUUUUUCACGUAUAAUUAUAACAUUAAUAAAUCGAAAACCAAAUGAAAUAAUAAAUUAUUUAAAAUCUCGAGAAACAUUUAAAAAUGAUUUUUUUCAUCAUCUUGAUACAACAUCGAUAGCUGAUAUAUUAUAUCGUUUAAUAGCAGAUUGUAGUGGUGAACAACGUUCAGAUACAAUUAAAUGGUAUGAAGAUAUUAAUAUAAUUGAUGGCCUUAUGAAACAAUUUUUAAUAACAGAAUCGAACUCUGUUCAAACAAAUGUUGCUAAUUUACUGAGUGAAUUUUUACAUUUAGCUUUUGAUCAACAAACAGGCAACGAAUGUGAUAUUGUUGGUCCAACAUUAUCAUCAACAAUAGAACGACUUCUUCAUAAUAGAUAUGAAAAUAAUGAAGGAUCAUCAUUAUCCGAUCAACUAUCAUCUAGUAGUGAUGAUGAAAAAAAGUCUAUGGAUGAUGACACUGAAGGAAAAUUAACACCACUUGUUCUUGCUCAACGUAUUUUAUCAAAAUCGAAUCUUGAACAAUUAUUUGAUACAUUAAUAAAACGACCGAUACUUAUAGCAAAUGGAUAUGAGUUUCUUCAUAAUAUUCUUGAUCUUCUUAGUCGACAAAUGUCUGUGCCUAUAUGUAUUUCAUUGAUAUUAAAAAAUAAUAAUUCAUCAUCGAAUAACAAUGAACAAAUGCAGAUUAAUGAUGACGAAAAUAGUUUAACGGUGACUAAAUCGAAUGAGAAUACAUCUGCUUUAACAAAUCUUGCCAAAGAUCCUCUUAUUCAUAUUUAUUUAACAUUACUAGAAGUCAUAUCUUCUCGAUUACCAUCAUUAAUUGCUUUACUAUCUUUAUCUUGUGCACCAUUAAUUCCAUCAUCCAAUGAUAAUACACAAACAAUAAAAUAUCAAUUUAUUAGUGAACCUCUCGGAUCAAUACGUCUUAAUUUAAUAAAAUUCUUUGCAAAAUUAAUAUAUACAAUUUCAAAUGAUUAUACCGGUGAUAAUAUCUAUGAAAUAUUCAAUUCAAAUCGUUUAUUUCAUAUAUUACUUGAUCUAUUUGUUCAACAUAUUUAUAAUAAUUUUUUACAUACACAAGUUUAUCUCAUUAUUCGUCUUAUUAUUCAUAUUAAUUCAAUUGCUAUUAAACAACCCAAUGAUAUAUGGACACGUACAUUACUUAAUAAUAAAAAUGAAUCAGAAGUUUCCAAGUCUUCACCACUCUAUUAUACAAAUCGUUAUUCUUAUAAAUUAUUUGAAUCACUUUUAAAUGUGUCAGGAGUUAAUUUAUUCGAACGUUUACUUGAUCAAUAUGAAUUAAAUAUAGCUUCAACAAAAUCAAUUACAACAAGUUCAUCAUCUGAAGAUGCUGUUACAUCAGCGUUACUUCAUACAUCAUUUGUAUCACCUAAUUCUGGACAUAUUGCUCAAAUACUUCGUUGCUUACGUGAUCAUGCAUCAACAUUUAGUAAUUAUGCAUUAUUUUUUAAAUCAAGUGAUCAACAACAAAUUGAUGAUGAUACAAAUGUUAUUGAAAUACGUUGGCAAGCAGCACUUGAUUAUUUAAAUGAUGAUGAAAAUAAAUGGUCAGCUAUGCAUUAUACUGAACGUACAACAAGUAAUUUUCGUAUUAAUUCUUCAGUAAAAUAUUUAACACAUAUGAUAGAAACAAAGGAUGCAGAUGAUAAUGAAGAAACUGAUGAACGACCACAUACAUUUCAUAUGAGAACAUUUGGUAAAAGUGGUACAACAUUUAUUAAUGAUGAUGAUGAUGAUGAUGAUGAAAUUGAACGUUUUGAUAUUGAUGAUGAAUUAAUGAAGAAUGAUGAAACAACAAAUGAACGAAAACUAGUUGAAAUGAAAAAAGUAUCAUUUCAACUGCCAUUUUCAUCGACAUUUUCUGAUCAAUCAAUAUGGUAUCAACAAGAUGAUAUGAGUGACACGAAAAAAUCCAAUUAUGAUAAUAACGAUAAUGAAGAAAUGAAAUCAAUUCCAACAUUACCUGAUCUAUUUGAAAAUCAUCGAAUACAACAAGAAAAAACCAUAUCAUCAAAUGAAACUAAUUUUGAACAGCUCUGUUCUUUAAGAGCAAAUGAUAAAAAUCAUAGUUCUGGACUUUUUCCAUUUCAAUCCUCAUCAACAAUUCGAGAUGAGGCAGUAUCAAAUGAUGAUGAUUUCUGGAAGAAUCAUCGAAUUUAUUUGAUAAAUAGUGAUGAUAAUCAACGUUUAAAUAAAUUACAUACACAAUCUAUUAGUUCAUCUUCAGAUGAAGAUAAUGAUAUUGAUGAUGAAGAUGAAUCAAAAAUAGAUGCAAAUAUUCCUGAUGAUGAAAAAUUUUUUGUUCAUACCGAUGUGGAAAUAAAUGAAAGUAUUCAACCAAAUAAUAUGAUGGAUAUAUUUAGACAUCAAACAUUUCAAACAAAUAAUAUUAAUAAUAAUUCUAAUCAAGAUAAUCAUUUAGAAGAAGAUCAAUUUAAAAGACAUCAACAAUCGGAUACAUUGCAAUAUAAUACACAUACUGAAAUUUUUUCGAUUGUACAAACAAUUGAAAAUCAAAAUUGUAAAACAUUAACAUUUGUUAAACAAGAUGAAGAACAAAAUGGAGAAAUGAACAGUAAUAAUGAUGAUGAUCUUACAUUACAAGAUAAUUUUUCAUUUCUUAUUGCCAAAGGUAUGCUCAAACCAGCAUCAUUUUAA